AUGUAUAGACAGAUUGAAGUGAACGAAUCUCAGCGUCACUUGCAACUAAUUCUCUGGAGGGACGAGGAAACGCAACCGCUAAAAACACUACAACUGAACACAGUCACUUAUGGCACUGCGUCGGCUCCAUUCUUGAGCACGAGAUGCUUAACGCAGUUAGCAGAAGAAUGUUCAGAUGAGGCAGUGGCAGAAGUGAUCAAACAUGAUUUCUAUGUAGACGACCUUAACACAGGUUCAAACUCUAAAUCUGAUUUAAAGCAUAUUGUAAAGGACGUCAUUCAAAAACUGAACGAAGGUUGUUUUCCCCUGCGAAAAUUUCGCACUAAUUCUCCAGACAUCCUUGACGGUAUAUCUACAAUAGAUAAUACCCAAGAUUUCAGCAAGCAAUCCACAGUUUUAGGGCUUAAAUGGUCACCUACCGAUGACAUACUGUGCUUUUCCGCCGAAUCAGUGGCCAUUUCUAAGAUUACAAAACGUAAUAUAUUAUCCACGUCCUGCAAAAUAUUUGACCCUUUGGGUCUGCUAUCUGCUUGCACUAUCAUCCCCAAAAUGCUGCUUCAAAAAUUAUGGCUGGAGAAAACAAGCUGGGACGAGCCUGUUCCUGACAGCGUGUCUAGGGCUUGGAAGGACUUCCAAGCUAACAUACAAGACAUCGCCAAUAUUAUAGUACCAAGACACGUACUUUGCUCUGAAACAGUAACCGUAGAAGCACACACUUUCACAGACGCAUCACAGGAUGCCUACGCUGCAUGUUUAUUCCUUAAGUCCAUUGAUGCUCAUGGUAAAAUCACUACCAACCUUCUGUGUGCCAAAGCCAGGGUCGCUCCAUUAAAGCCAGAAAUGACAAUACCGCGCUUAGAAUUACUAGGCGCUCAACUUGGCGCUCGAUUGCAUGACAAGGUCAUAAAAGCAUUGCGUAUCCGAGUUCAUCGAUCAAUUUUCUGGUCGGACUCGACGAUCGUGUUAGGCUGGAUCAAGACGCAGCCAAAAACUUUAAAGACUUUUGUCUGUAAUCGCAUCCAAGAAAUACGUGACCUGACUGGCCAACAUGAAUGGAGACAUGUACCUACGGAAUUUAAUCCUGCAGACCUUGGAACACGGGGUUUGAGACCUGAAUUAUUAGAAAAUAGUGAUUUGUGGUGGAACGGACCUUCAUUCUUGCGGAAACCAGAAAAGGACUGGCCACCUAACAAUCCGUGUGAAGUAACAUUACCUGAAACAAAGGGCGGUGCAUUUGGAGGUCGUAAGUGA